AGCAAAGCAAUCGACAGAAUCCAUGGAUGCCUCUCAGCCGCCUCUUCCACAGUUGCCAUCUCUCUACGAGCUCGAGUCUCGGAUGCAAGUAAUGCGCGUCUCUGCUCUUGAAGAAAACCAAACCGGUGAAACAUUUUCUCAACGUGCUGAAUGGUUUUACCAGAGACGUCCUCUCCUUCUCUCACUCUGUCAAGAUCUCUACGAUAGUUACGCCACUCUCUUGGACCGUUUCAAUCAAAACCCUAAACAAGUCAUUCCUCAUGACAAUGAUACCGAUACUGACAUCACUUCUGAAGUAGAGAGCAUCUUGUCCUUUCAACAGAUGGAAGUCUCCACUUGUGAUAAGCACAAGAACAUUGAAGAGUUAGUCUCGCAGCUAAUGACUGCAAACUUGGAGAAAGAUACCGCCAAGCACGACUUACAACGCAGAGAACAAAAGUUGCAAGAAGCUUCCAAGACAAUUGACUUGCUAAAGAAGCUUGUGAUGUUACUUGACAUGGAGAAAGAAGUAGCAGUAGAGGAAACCGCAAACCUCGGAUACAAACUCACUUCUCUCCUGGAAGAGAACCGAGAACUCGCCACUGAAGCGUUGUUUAUGAAAAAGGAAGCAGUUAGGCUAGCUAGGUGCGUGCUUAAGAUGAGGGAUGAACAUUUUCAAAAGAUGUGUCAUCUCCAGAACCAAAUCUACGCGAUGCAGUCAUCGAGAGAGUCUGUCUGUGAAAAUGUAUCUGCGCCGAGCUGCUUUGGAUUGGAUAAUAAUGCCAUCGUCAAGCAAAGCAAGAAGCUUUUCGAUAUUCUCGGCUCCUCUGCCGUCGAACGUGGUUUAUUGGAACUACAUUUGCACGCCGAUCCACGCUGUUAUUUUGUGGAGAUAGAGAGAGAGUUGUUCACCAGCAACACACUGGUUAGGCUCACACUAUCCGGUGAAUAUUCUCUUGAAGUCAAGGGUGUGUUUUUCCCUGCGCUCAAGUCACUUUCUCUGUUAUCAGUUUCCAUGCUCAAUUAUGACAACUAUUUUCGCCUCCUCGAUGGCUGUCCUGCGUUGGAAGUGUUAUACAUACGUGAUGCUGGUCAUUUUGGUUUGCCACGUUGCGGUGCGGUUGUGAAAAGUUCAUCCAUCAAGCGACUUGUGGUUUUUGUCAACCUUCCAUAUUCUAAAGAGCACCACAAAGUAUCUUGUUUUGAAGCACCAAGUCUUGUGUACCUUGACUAUUCCAGUUUUGUCUUCGGAAAUUAUCAGUCUGUUGAUUUGGAGUCGCUUCUCGAAGCCAGGCUGAAUCUCAGUUGCGGGUAUAACCAACAUUACAACCCUUCACUUGUCUCCUGAUUCCCUUGAGGUCAGUUUCUGAUACUUCUUCUAUUUUUGGUUUGUAGAAGGUUAGAAUCAAUCUACUGCUAGCUA